GAGAGAUCACCGUCCUGCCGCAGAGGAAGACAGACGAUCUGGACGACACCGCCGAGAUGAAGAUGGCAGUGUCGGACUCGUCCUCCUGCUGUUCGUCUUGUAUCAGUCUUAAGGACAGAUGUCCUCGUCCUCAGGGACUCAUCAGCCUGCUCAUCACUAAAGUGUGUCUGUUCGCUCUGCUGUUCGGAGUCGUCUGGUCCAUCACGGGAAGUGAGUGUUUACCUGGAGGGAACCUGUUCGGCAUCGUCAUCCUCUUCAUCUGCUCCGUGCUCGGAGGGAAACUGGUGGGAAUGAUCCAACUGCCCACGCUGCCCCCCUUCCCUCCACUGCUUGGUAUGCUGCUGGCAGGUCUGGUGUUGCGUAACGUUCCCUACGUAACGGAGGCCGUCUUCAUCGACACUCACUGGUCUGCAGCUCUGAGGAACAUCGCACUGUCAAUCAUCCUGACCAGAGCUGGGCUGGGCCUCGACCCCUCGGCGUUGCGUCGUCUGAAGGCGGUGUGUGUGCGUGUUGCGAUCGGCCCCUGUGUGAUGGAGGCCUGCAUCAUUGCUGUGGUUUCUCACUUCCUGCUGGGUCUGCCCUGGGUCUGGGGCUUCAUACUGGGUUUUGUCCUGGCUGCAGUGUCUCCAGCAGUCGUCGUUCCUUCGAUGCUGCUCCUGCAGAGAGAAGGAUACGGGGUUGAGAAGGGAAUCCCCACCCUGCUAAUGGCUGCUGGGAGUUUUGAUGAUAUUUUGGCCAUAACAGGGUUCUCCACAUGCCUGGGAAUCGCCUUCUCUAAAGGUUCUACAUGGAUGAACAUACUGAAAGGUCUUCUGGAGGUGGUGGGAGGGAUCAUAGCCGGACUGAUCCUUGGUCUGUUCUUGUGCUGCUUCCCCAGCAAAGACCAGGAGGACCUGGUGUUGAGGAGGACUCUUAUGUUAUUGGGUCUGUCCCUAUUUUCGGUCUUCUUCAGUCAUGUAAUUGGUUUUGCCGGAGCUGGUGGUCUCUCUACGCUUGUGCUGGCCUUCCUGGCUGCCCUGGGCUGGAAGACCGACAAGGCCCCAGUGGCAGCCAUGGUGGGUCUGUCAUGGGAUUUGUUCCAGCCUCUCCUGUUUGGUCUGAUUGGAGCAGAAAUCACCAUAGCAACCCUCAGCCCCAGCACCGUGGGUCUGGGUAUGGCCUGUAUCAGUAUUGGUCUGGUGAUCCGUCUGCUCGUGACCUUCCUGCUGGUUCAUUUCGGAGGAUUCAACCUGAAGGAGAAACUCUUCAUCGCUGUGGCCUGGCUGCCUAAAGCCACUGUUCAGGCUGCUAUCGGCUCGAAGGCAUUGGACAUGGCAAGGGAGGCUGGGGAUGACCCUUCCAUAAAGUUUGGAUUGGAUGUGCUAACCUUAGCCGUGUUAGCCAUCCUGACCACAGCUCCCAUUGGAGCGCUGGGUAUCGGAUUGGCAGGACCGCGCCUCCUGGCCCGGCAGGUCAAAGCAGAAGGAACAGAGGGCGAAACCGUGAGUCCAAGCAGCAACGGGAUUGGUCGAGAAAAAGACAAUGCAACCCUUGAGAGCAAGCUAUGAGGCCUCUGAUUGGACAAACUUAAAAAAAGCUUUAUAUAGAUGAUGAACUGUAUGUAGCCGCAAACGACUUUUAUAUAUAUAUAUGUAUUUACUGUAUGUUUCUUUUAUGCUUUGACAUGCUAAUGCUAGCUUUUGUUAGCUACUGUCACUAACCAAGUGUUCAGCUAUUGAUGUGUUACCUCUACUGUAUAUGACAGAAUGAUUAAUAGCAAAAGAAGAGAAAUCACUACCUGUUUCAUUUGAUUUUACAACUAAAAACUCACAUCCAACAUUUCUAACAGAUGCAAACUUAUAAACACUUUGAGAUACUAUGAAAGCUACAAGAUAGUAAAAUUGUGACGCGUAUAGUAUAUAUAAAAAGGUAAAAAUGACGACUUUAUUAUGCCAAAGUCAUGUAAAAGUAAAUCCCACUUUAUCCGAUUUAUGAUGUUAAAGUCAAAAUUUAAACUGUAAUUAUGAAAUGCUAUAAGGUUUUGACUCACUAUCUCAUAAUAUUGUCAUUAUUUUUCUUUCAUAAAGAAAGAAAUACCAGAUCACAUUAAAAGUAUGAAGUCAAUGCUUCAUGUGUUCAUUGCACUGAGGUGGUACGAAACUGUUUUAAUGAGCUGGCGAGCUGAAUAGGCAGGUUUUUCCAUGUUAGAUUGAAGACGCUCAACAAUUCAACAUGGUUGUAUGAUUGCAGUUUGUCAUGUUAGGACUAAAUUACUGCACAAUGUGAACAGAACAGUAUCUAACGACUGAAGUUUAAUCACCUUUAACGACAGACUUUGACUAAUUCCUUGUUUCAGACACCUCAGUGUGAUUUAGCUCCAAGUUGCAGUUUUUGGACGUUUGUGAAUUGAGGAUAAUCCUGGGGUCUUUGGCGGGUGACUGGCUAUAGCUAGCUACAGACGGGUGUGCUUGUCAAGCUGUUCUGAGAUCAGUUAUGACAUUGAUGAAUUAAUUUUCUCAUGUGUGCAGUAGCAAGUAAAUGAGCAAAUCACGCUGAUUUAUCAUCAUAUCAUAGAAGUGAUGCCUGCAGCCCCCCAGACAGUGGUAGUGAGCUGGCUAACAAGCUGGUAAUAUUUCCAACACUUCCAACAUAUUUUGUCAUGAACUGAUUUCUAAAUGUUCUAUC